GCAGGCUCAGCUCUCCUUCACUCACUCAGCCUCACAAGCCGCUCAGCAGAGCUCGCUCAGCCUCUCUCUCAGCCUCAGAGCCACGCGAAGCGAGAGACAAGAUGUCCACGUACGUGUCUUCAGACUGCCGCCGUGUCAGUCCUUCCGUCCACGGCAACAAGUUUGCCACGGCUCACCGCAAGAAGGCCGUAGCCAACAUUUUCGACAAUGUCAGUCAGGACGCCCUGACCAGACUCUUCCAGAAGACCGGCGACAUGAAAGCCGAGGAGCGGGUGAGGAGCAUCUUCUCCUACUCGCACGACCCCGAGGAGACGGCCCGGGCGCUGAUGGCUCUGAAGCAGAGGAAGAAGGACAAGUUCCUCCAGAUUGCUGGCAUGCUCCGGCAAAUGCUUAAAUUUCGCUGACGGGACGUGGCUCGGCAGUGUGUUAGCCACCUUGGUCUUUCACUCGGCUCGUGUUGGAGCCUUAAACCUGCAUGACUGCUCUCCCGAUGGGACUCGAACACCGAUGACCCCAAGAGCGACGGUGAUGUGCUUGCAAGACGCCGACAGCGAGGCCACCUUGCCACGCCGCAGGUGAUGGAGAGUCUAGCCAUGGCUGGAUGGAAGCAGAAAAAGCGUACUGAUGAUUGAUGGACAUCAAAUAUUUUCCUGAGACUUGAAUUCACUCAUGUGGAAGCGCCACUGUGAAGCAGCAGCACACAAAGGAGGUGCUGGUGGAAAGCUGCAACUAUGUGAGACUUUUAGUGCCAGAAGAAGAACCUUCAUGGAUGCCUGUCCUGAACACAUGCCUUCUUUCUACAUGAACACUGUCACUGUAGUGGCUCCUAAUGUUACACUUGUGUCAAAUAGCACAACGAUUUACAUGAAUGAUAUGUCCUAUUCUUUGUCCUUUUUAAUAAAUUGCUUUGUUU